UCUUUUACAAAUGACACAAGUUUUUAAAUGUCUUGACAGUUUUGAUAUUUAUCAGUUUAGUUCUAAUUUAAUUAAUUCAUAUCAUUUUAUUUUAACAUGUACUCAUAUAACCGAAGGGGUUCAAGCAAUGACAUAGAAAGUUGGGAUGUUAAUGUCGUAAAAAUUCAAUCGAAGAUACUUAGUCAAUCAAGAACAAAUAAAAUCGAAGAGGAGUGCGGAGGUAAUGGAAAUUAUAAGAAAAAAGCAGACGAGCUGCCAUUUAUGACUGCAUGUUUGUUUGCAACUAUUUUAGAAGAUGCAAUUACAACUAUGCGUAUCCUAGCGCAGUGCAACAACGCCUUGCGUGUGGCAAAAGCGAUGGCUGACAUGGGCCAUCUGUUAGCAAUAAAGUUUUCUGUUCCCCCGGCGCAAAACAUUGACCCAUUGGGGAAGAUCAAUCCCAAUGACCUGGGCCGUGAGGAGUAUAAGCUGGACAAGUUGGAAGCGGACAGAAACUUCCUUCUCGACGUGAUGACCUCAACGUAUUCAGACCUGUCGUUGGAGCGCGUCUUCAAGUCGUUGGUUCAGCAAUCCGCCGGCAUGGUGGAGCGCGAGGAACAUUACCUCACCCUUCUAGAAGAUGAAGCUAGGAAUAGAGCAACUCGACGAGAUUUGAACAGACAAAUUCGUCAACAACGUGUGCACGUUAAAACUGUUACCUAUGACACCGACGUGGUGAUCGAUAAACUCAAAACUCAGGUGGAAGAUGCGGUGCUGAACGCCGAAAUCCAGACCCGGUAUAUCGUGAACUGGCAGCGUGCGCGGACGGAGCAGCACGAGCAGACCAUCGCGGACCGCGAGCGCCCGCCCGCCUCGGAGAUAGAGACGCACAAGCAACGACUGGAUCAUGAACAGCGCGUGCACACUGAGUUCGAGCUUCUCAACAAUAUUAUCAUCAAUGAAACUUUAGAGAAGGUCGAGAGUUGGAUGAACAAGUACGACACGGAUAUGGAGGGGAUAGAUCUGAAGAUCCAGAUUAAGAGGUCCGAUUACGAAACCACGUUAGAAAACAGACAAAAACUAGAGGAGACGUUGGAGAAACACGACAAGCUGAUGAAGGACUGGGUGAACUUCAAAGAGGAGCGCGAGAAGGCGCGCCAGUACCGCGAGAAGAUGUUCAACGCCGCGGUGGUAGUGCAAGCCUGGUGGAGGGGACUCCUUGUCAGACAGAAGCUCGGACCUUUCAAGGAGGUCAAGAAGAAAGGCCCACCACCAAAGAAGAAGAAGUAGAGGGUAACAAAAUAAUAACAAGCUGUAAUUAAAUGAAUUACAAAAGACAAAAGAAUGCAAUAAAAUUGGUGCUGUUGUCUUUAUUA